AUGGCACUGCUUCAUCGCUCAAAUGAUCAGUACAUUGAUCCGACGAAUGUGGCGGAAUGGGUGUCGGUGGGAUUUGGUGCUCAGUGUGUCCAAGUGGCAGUCGUGACCGCCCUGGUUUAUGACACGAGUAAGCACGAAAAUAAAGCUUUCAGUAAUGAUUUAGAAGUGCUUAUGGUCGUGAAAGUCAUUAGAAUGGAUAAAGAGAUCCAGUAUUUCUGGGUUCUUCCAGUGAAAUUCGUCAAUAUCGCCUAUUUCUUGGUAUGCGUUGCAAAAUUCCUAAUCGCGUCGAAGUUUGCUCACCUAAUAAAAACGUUACAAGAAUCGAUACCUGGGAAUAGUAACUUCUCGGAAUGGACGUCGGACAUAAUUGAUAUCUUAACACUCGUCUUGAUCGACUAUAUUAUGAUGGUUCGAGUCAUUGCAUUAUACUCGCUAAGUAAGAGACACGCAACGCAAUGCCUGGCGACAACGAAUGGUCUAACCGUUCCUUCUGAAGAUAAAAAAUUGGCCGUAUUCCUGAAGGCGUUGCUUUGUAUCGAGGUGGGACUCAAGACAAGCAUAAUUGUAUACCUCAUUUCUUAUCAAGAUACUACUGUCUUCACUCUCGCAGAAGAUGCCAAAGUCUGCGGGGCAGCCCGUAUCCCGUCUUGGCGCUUGUCAAUGGUCGAUUGGGUUGUGCAGGUGGCAUAUGGAUUCUUGCUCAUGGUCCUAGCAACCUACAGGACUGUUGAAUAUUGGGGGACAACGCGUGGCUACGCCCGAUUCAGCCUCGUCAAAGUAAUCAUACGCGAUCAAAUUAUAUAUUUCGCCCUUGUUAUAAUUAUUUCUGUAUUCAACGUUGUCAAGCUGAAGAUCGCGACCUCGAACUUCAUCACAUCGGUAGUCAUCAGCUGUCUAGGAAAUCCGUCCUUUCUUUGUAUUAUUGGCAGUCAUAUACUGUUCAAUCUCAGAGAGGCGUGCGACCAAAGGUACGACGAAGAUGGGAGCUGCUUGGUGAAGUCGAGGGCUGAAAUGACUGCGAUGGGGACUUCUGGGUCAGGUUCAUUGGAAGGUACUUAA